AUGGCAGAAAUUCUUCCUGUACACCCCGUAGGGUGGGGUGGAAUGAAAAGCCACUGGUGGCAGUUUUCGAGACCACAGACAGAUGUUGUACCUUCUGAGGUCUCUUUAAGUCUGGAGCAAUUGGCUCUCGAAGACCUCAAACUUGCCGGUAUUCAAUCAGAAAGCCACAAGCCGUCCUCAUUUGGCGUAUAUCUUGGAGGCUUCAACAAUCCUCCAACACAAUCACAGGAGCGACUAUUGGAGCAGUGGGAUACUCUGAUUGUGGACCCAUUUCAACACGGCGUCGCAGAAGCCAUUCGCUGCCGCAAACGAAUUUUUGCACUCGCAAGGCUUGAUCUUGCAACGCUUGGUUCCUCAGAAGAUGGCACAGUGACAAGAAUGGGAAAGAUCCAGGAUGCUUUGAAUAGCAAGUUCAGUAAUACAGCGUUUUCCGGCGUUCUAUUUGCCAACUGGGAGGCAGUCUUUACUCUUUCCGUCGAGAAAAAGUUUUUUGAGGCCAUCAACAGCCUUGGCUUGGCUGUAUAUUUGGAAACGCAGCCACCGGGUUUCUUGAAAUUUAGAAAAACCUUGCAAAGCAGAGCAGUGUCUGGUCUGGUCAUUCGGAAUGCCAGCAUAUCGCCUGAGGGUGAGAAGCGUGAUUACUUCCAGAUGACCAAUGUCCAAUCAACUAUCAAAGCCUGUGUUUCUGAGGCUUGCAUGAGGAAUUUUGCUGUUCUUGUGUGGGAAACAGUGACUGACGACGCAGUCUUAUCCAAUGCUGUUGUUCGAAGAUCACUUCAGUGGUCGAACUUCUACAGUGCGAUUCCGUGGAUAGGCACUGAGUCUGCUCUUCGCAACUCUGAUUUGAACACACAAAUAAUUAAGCCACUUCCAGCUUUUGGUUGGCUGAAAGACGCGGAGAUCAUGAAGACUCAUGAAGUCUGGCGCUCAAAUCUUGGCGUAUUACCACCCUCUGGCGACCAACCGGGGUGGACCAUUCUUCAACGUCUUUUUCCAUCAAUCAAGGGGUUUCUUGAAUCCACUGCAGAUGAACACAUCUAUCCGGAGGAUCCCAAGUUUCAUUUCCCCGAUCCCCAAGACUGGGUAACGCACGUGAGAUCACAGGGAAAUCCAUUAUCUGUUUCGGCAACUGGGCAAGCGUACAACUAUCUCGGCUGUUUUCCUCUGGGCUCAGACCCAGAUAAACUUGCAUUUUCUGAGAUUCUGCAGUCCCAGCAACGCUUGAAAGGUCUAGGUCUUCUUGAUCCCGUUCCCACCGAAAAGGUCCAGGAGAUUGGAGCUUAUUUUUGUAAAUUCCACGCCAGUCUUGUGGCUUCAAAUGGUGACGCCCAGCUUAUAGCCACAGUCAAAGAGCUUUCAGACCUGGCUUCAAAUGAUGCACUGCGUGUCAACCUCGCGUUGAACUCUGGUCUAAAAAAGAACACUGAUACUCGAUUUUGGGCUGUUCAUCAAAUUGAUAAUGACGGAUGUGAGAUCUUCAUCUCCAAGAACGCACAGGGUCUAGCCGGGAUCAUCCUUCACACUUUCCUCUCUGCAAAGGGGCUCUCCCGUCAUGCUUGUUUUGAAGCCGAAACAGCAUUCGCAACAUGGUCGCAUGAUCUUUGUCCACACACCGGUCUUCCUCGCCGACUGGUUCAGGAUAUCGAUGAUCUCAGCCCAGAAGAACGAAUAAUAUUAUUGCAGCACCUGUCGCUUACAAACUCCGAAAGUCGCAUGAUGGACAGCAUAUCAUCCUACAUCCACACAAGACUUAUGGAUGCUCCCUCAUUGACUCAACUCAAAGAAGUCAACACUGUCCGAUACCUGGAGCAAUCUGUUUCAGAUAAAGACCUUGUUGAGAGCCGAAUUAAUUGGUACAGGGAUCAGAACUGCAAACAUGCCUCUUUGGAAGCCUCCAUAGAUCUGUUUCACCAGGUUGACCAUAUUUUCACUCAAAUAUUGAGAACCCAUCGAGAAGAUGAUCUUGCUAGCAUCACGAAAGGGUUCAGUGAACUAGUUAGAGAUGGCAAGAUUGAUGCAUAUGUUGAUAUGAUAGCAUUGGCAUUAUUCUGCGUUGCGAGAAAAGGUGCCUUCGAUGAAAUCUACACUGAAGUGACAGACCGCAACCCUUUACUCAACAAUCAGUCGGACCAGGCUGCUUCAUUUGCUGAAUCUUUCGCACUUGGCUCACGAUGCGAGGCAUACUUUGAUGUUUCCCCGAGUGUAUUUGGAAAACUUCUUUCGGAUCGAUUUCGGACAUACUAUAAUGUGCAUCAACCUCCUGACUGGAUUAAUGGGGCACCCGAACUCGCGACCACAUAUGCCGGAGCUCAGAUUGAUGUCAAUCCGGACGAAAAAGCGAAGCCGAUAAGACCUUACCAGCGAUUCACCUUCUUGGGGGUUUUUGCAAUUCCAGCCUUAAUCGACAUCAUUCUGCUCAGCAUUAUCGGACGGGGCCUAUACCUGUCUGCCUACAUGACGUUUGAAGAACAAGACAGUGCGACCAUAGCCUUGAUGAUCUCUCUACUUUUAUCGGGCGCUAUUGGCACGUGGAUUUCCUGUGGUGGCCCAUACUACCUCAUAUCAAUGGCUUUUGCUGCUGCCAAUAUGUUUGUUCUUAUCCGCUUGAUUGCCGGUAUUGCUUUCACGGUGGCAGGAGGAUUGAUUGGCUUCAUCGCCAUUUCUGCUGUCAAAACACCUCGUGCUGGGAUCGUUUUCUAUCUUUAUUUUGUCGCCCUGACCAUCUACUUCUCGGUCUUUGCUUGCCUCGCCAGCUUCAGCUACCCAGGGUCUACAUUUCUCUCGGGGCGCAAGGCAAUCAUACUGUGUAUACCAAUAUUGUUUAUUUCACCCAUUGUCACCACAUUCGUUGGAAAUGACUCAGCGAUCUACAUUGCUGUCUUAUACUUUUGUAUUGGAGUGCUUCUUCUCUGCCUACGCUCAACGACCUCCAAGUGGGUGACAUGGUAUCAAUCCAUUCGACGGAUUGACGACAACGAAGUCCGCAAAUGGUACAUUGUCAAUCAUGGUAACAACGAUGAAAAGGUCUUCGCCAACAUGAGUGAUCCAGGUGCACUCAAGCUGGCCAGGGAAACUCUAUUGGAAAAUGUCAUGUUAGAGAGAAGCCGCAGCUUUCUCUCCAGUUCAACGACUGAUCAAUUGGUCAAAGAGCUUGUCCGGGAUUGGGAGUCAACCAACUUUCUUUUAGACUGGUACUGCCGAUACGCAGACAUUCCAAAGCCCAUUCCGUUCAGCUCAAGUUGGAAUAUUCAAACAAAAGUCGCUCUGGAGACUUUACGGAGCUCUCAGAAGGGCCUGCGACUGCACAGUGCAUUUAUCCACUGGCGGCAAUCAAGCAAUGACAUUGGUUGCGGUAUAUUGUAUUUUGUUGUCGCUCUGCUUGAUAAGUGGACGCAGCUCUUGUGCCGUGGCCACCUCCUCGGCCUAAGUGGGGCUUUGACUGAUGUUAAUCGCAAGGCAGCCGGCUUUGCGCUAGCCUAUUAUCUGAUCGGUGCCAUUCUCAUUGAUACCAAAGCGCAGGAAAUUCAUGAGACAAUUGGUGGGCAAAGGCCAACUGCCAUCAAAACAGAUGACGACAUCCAUGCCUCCCAGAAGAGAGUCGUGCGGUUCCGACGAAAGAUCUACGGGAGAACUCUCCUCAGAUUCUUGCUGUGGCACGUCUGGAGUCUUGCAAUUUCCACAGCUCUCCUGUGGACUUUCGAAGUUACCGUGGAAGGCAUGGGUAUCUUCUUUACCUAUGUGCUUUCAUAUACAGGUCUCAUCUGGUACCAAUACACCAAGAUAUUCGCUGGGCCGUAUGCACUGAAACCACUCAUUCUCGGAAUCUGCAUGGGAUUUCCAGUCGCAAUCGCUCUCAGGGUCUGUCUUCCUGAUUUUAUUUACUCGGAGAUUGUUGGCCUCGGGGUUGCCACUUGGUCCGCUGCUUUACUGUCGUUCUGGAGCGCAAGAUUGGGUAUACCUCCCAAGAGCACAUCUCUCGUAAAGCUUGGAGAGACUUUUCACGCAUUCACUGCCCCUUGGGCCGAUGCUCAAUGGUCGCAACAAGAGCUCCAAAGUUUGUUUGACUCCAUCUUACUCUUACCCGAGGAUGAUCGGUUUGGCCUUGACCCUGCGGCCCACCCUGCAAUAGAGAUAAAAAGAGUACUUUCCUCUCACAGUCAAGACAUAUUGAUAGAGGAAGCCUUUCCAAAUUCGAAAUCAAUCGUCGAUAACGUCAUCUCUGGUUGGGAUCAAGGAGAAAUAUACGUCGAGCUAGUAUCGCGUAGCUCUUUUCGUCCAGGAAUUCGAGCUUUGAGCUGCAAUAUUGGAAAGCAGCUGAUGAUAUUUAUCGGCAUCGAUGGUUUGCAUGAUCAGCGACUGGAUAUCUCAACCAACUGCAAGGUCAUUGCGGAGACUUUAAUUCACUCCGUGGCCGAGAUGACCAUGGGCAUCCCUCAUGAGCACGCAGCGUUGGCCGAAACAAUUGUUUUUGGAGGUUCAACACAGACCAUGGCGGCACAGCUUAGUGAGCAGGAAAAUCCAGCUGCUGUUGAACAUUGGGCCAAAAGAGAACUUCUUAAAUAUCUUUGCUUGGGAUUCGAGCCGGAUAUUCACUGGGAUAAACUGCCUGUUGAGGUUCGAACUGCAUUGCUGAGCCGCUGUCUAGGCCAGCCGUGUAGUCUCACUUCGAGUCAACAAAAGGCCCUCAAUGAAAGCCUUUCUCGGUUUGGAGCCGACGAUAUAGAUGUGCAUAUAGCAAGAUGCAACCUCGGAGUGACCACGGCAAUCAGCAUCCUCGAAUAUGCUUACCCUGAGACAGGCGAGUCUAGCCUCCCAAGGGACUUCAAGCCUCCGGACCACGCCCAAUAUUUGCCCCGAAGACUUUCAAGUCCAGUCUCUUUAGCAUUGGCUCCUUUCAGCUUUGUCUACUCCAAGCUUGGAUUGAUCAGCAAGUUCCUUGUGAUUGCCUUGGUUGCUGAUCCUGAGUUCCAAAGAGAGUUUGACCAUGUCACUAAACCCCUGCCGACGAUUGUUCGCGUGCCCAUAGUAUUUAUUUUAAACAUGGUGUGGGUUUAUGCCAAGAGUAUGCAGGACUUUGGUCUUUCGCUGUUUUUGUUCCAUGGGCGCAUGGAUGUGCAGCGGCUCUGGAAGAAGACCACAGGCGUCACCAUUCACAUCGAGAAGAGUCGAGUCACCAUUGAAAAUUUCGAUGGCAUGUUCACAGCUUUCAAGCAUAAAAAUUCUGACGGCAUCUUGGAGGUGUAUCAGUAUAGUGGCGAUCACAAAACCGAGCCCUUGGACCCGAAGGCGCUCAAGUACCGCAGCACGUACUCGGAUGAUAUGCUGCUUCUCAGCAAACAAGAAUUUCAAGACGGAAAUUUGCUUAAUGAAUACCACUUUGACCACCGAGAUCCCCCAAAGAUGGGCGUCAAAUCGGGAAAACUUGCAGUCAUGCGCAUUCCACUUGGACGACGUUGUGUGCAAGGCGGCAAUAACCUCCAAACCGUUCAAUACAACCCCGAGGGUCUCAUAGAAAGUGGAUCUUACAUGAAAGACGAUGCUUUCGUCCGAUUCAAGUACCACUAUCGAAAGAACCCCCAAUUUGGCGACGAGCUCCUGCGAGCCGAAUUCGUUAUGCCUCAUAUCUCGUGCGUGGUAUCUUGGUGUGCGCCUCCUCGUCGCCAUGCUGAAAAGUUUGAUCGAUGGAUCCCACAUUCCAGGGUGACUGAAACAACGUUUUCGCAGGGUACCGAUGUUUUUCACAGUCGUUGGAUGUAUGAUCAUAAAUUCCAUCCUACAAUUAUCACCACUGUGAAUGGAACAGAGGUGAAAACGCCUCCUAUGAUCGAACAUGACUUGUUCAAGAUUCUCUCCAAGCCACAAAAUACCAGUUUUGUCCACGAUGACCCCUUUUCCUGUUGCGAAAAUCUCAACUCGAAUGUUAUCACUCGGUUUUUGGGACUGACAAAGAAGCACUACUCUGUGUCAACAUCCCGGGCUCGAUCAUUGAUGUGGAAGGCGUGGAAGGAUCAUGACGAAUUUGACGGAGUUGUCCUUCGGUGGAUGGAUGAUCAACUUCUGCGGCGGGAUAGUGUUCUUGCGCCCUACUGGCGCAGUCGCGACUGGGGAAAUCUCUCCGCGGCCAAGAAAUAUCUGGAUCGUCACGCGGAUGCCGUGAUGGCCGGUGCGGACAUGAAUGAUAAUGUCUCCAGCUGGGCUCCGCUGGCAGUCAAAAUGAGUGAUCUUUUCAGCUUUGGACCUGGUGGUGAUGCCGUUGUCACAAGGCGCUCUAAAGAAUGUUCCUCCGAUACCGAUAGUAUCCUUCAUGUCAUGGCUGCCGACACUGGAACGUGGCCCAAUGAAGGCGGGGGCGUCUCUGCCUGUCGACGUGAUAUGGUCAAUUCCUUGAGCACCGUCAGAUGGCACAUGCUUUGCGAAUCAGCAAAUGACUUUGGUAUUCCAAAGCACCAGACAGAGCAAAACGUUGAGUCUCUAAAAAUAAUACCUCUUUGGGGCUUGGAUUUCCUGACGCCAACCCAUGGUCUGUUUCACAAUAAAUUGGACUCAGAAGUGGAUGUCUUCUCUACAGCAAGCGAAUUUGACCUCAGAAUGAACUUCAUUCCUAUCCUGACGGCAUUAGUGAAAGGGGCACGCUCAGUGAACCUUUCUAAGGCUGAUAUUUACCAAUGUACAAGGGCACUUGUCAACCUCAACACAUACUUUCAAGAGUCACGGCACUGGUCGCAGGUCUGGAACAGUGAGCUAGUCAAGCAGACCUGGCGCGAUCUUUGGCUAACCCAAGAAAUGCCAAAUGCGAUCCCAUCUACCGAGUGGUUCGAUACUGAGCUCCCAACAUUACCCUCUUUGGAUGUUGCUCUGGAGCUUUGGUACCGCUAUCUUUUCAUUUUCUCCAUUCCAGUGCCUGAAAAGAUCCCCGAUGUUUUCCAGGCUUCACACCACAGUGUGAGUGCCUCCUACGGCGUGGUAUGCAAAAUCAAAAGAGGCUGUACCCUACAAAUUUGGGACCACGCCAUUGCCUGGCGAGAAACAAAUCUUUGUCUCUCAUCUGCGUUGUCUAAACUUUCACCCUUCGUGCGCAAUGCUCUUCUUGGCCUGAUACGCAUCACAUCCGUCUUGACUCUUCACCACGCGGACGUUAUUCUUCCAUGUGCAGAUUUCUUCAACCCAGGGUGGGAGGUUGAGAUAGGAAUAUGCCAAGGCAAGAUUGAGCACCGUAGCAAGUUUCAUCGCAAGAUUGACCCGGUUGUCAAUGGAAUCACAGACAUGCAAAAGUUCACACCAGUGAAGAAGAUCAAGACCGAGCGCCCAACAGUGACGAUGUUAUCUCACGUGUGGUAUGCCAAGGAUAUCAAGACCGCGCUACUUGCUGCCGAUAUUGUCAUUAACCAGUGGAAGUUUGGUGAUUACCAUCUAGACAUUUAUGGUGCCAUCGACAAAGCACCAACUUACUCAACCGAGUGCCAGGAGAUCAUCGCUUCCAAGGGUCUUCGUGGACGAGUGACGUUGCGUGGCACUGCAGAUCCGAUGAAAGUGUUGGAAAAAACGUGGCUCUUCCUGAACUCAUCCCUCUCGGAAGGUCUACCCCUUGCUCUUGGUGAAGCAGCUUUGACCGGUGCACCCGUUGUCUGUACAGAUGUCGGUGCUUCACUUCGUGUACUUAGCGACCCAGAUGAUUUCUCUCGUUUUAGUGCAGUGGUCGCACCAAAUGAUGCUCUUGCCUUGGCAAAAGCUCAAAUAUCCAUGCUAGCCCUUCUAGGUGAAUGGAGCCAGUAUAGUGGGGAUCAUGAAUCUACACCGAUUCUCACAUCAUCACCCACUCCCGAGGAGGUCAUGAAAAUUACCCGUCGCAUGUAUGAGAAAACCGAGCAACGUCGUGAAUUAGGUAUGAAGACCCGCCAGAUUGUGCAAAAGUCCUUUAGCGGCGCCCGGUACCUUCGAGAGCAUGAGCAGAUGCUGUGGGUUGGCAAAUCUGCCACAGCAAUGGCUAGGUAUACAACGGCGAUCGAGUAUCCGGCGACUGUUGAAGACCAAAUAGUCACUACCACUCCGAGACUCGUCCAUGUUGCACCACAGGGCAACAAGAAUCCAACCACAUCCCACAGUCUGUCUCUCGGUUCGAGCAAUUCCGAUACCGACAUCGAGUCGCUCGGCCAUCUACAGCUCUUUACUCCCCGUCAUUCUAGCCUUUCAGUAAAGAAUACCUUGGGCAGGAACCAAGCCACAAACCCAAUGAGGCCCCAAAGCUUCAGGUCUUCCCUGGCCAAUCAGCUUCAGUCGCAGUCUCACGCAGGCUCUAUGUCGAGUGCUGGUCGUGAUCAGUUGCGUGGUCUACGUCGGGAGGACUUGAUGCAGUUUCGAAGCUCGGACGUCAGUUUAAUCAUGAGCCAGGAUUUCUUGCGCUCUGGUAUGCUUUGGAGCGGCUAG